UUAUUCUCUCCAAACUUCCUCUCAAAUCCUUGAAGCGAUUUGGUUGCGUACGCAAAUCAUGGUCCCUCUUGUUUGAUGACAAUUGUUUCAUGACUAUGUUCCGGAGCAAUCUCUUAACAAAAGAUCAUCCUUAUUAUGAUUAUACAUCUGUCUUCGUACAAACCAAACAUGGUGCUUACUAUGACAAUUAUAGAUAUCGAUUGCAUUCUCUUUCGGGUGACAACAUUGUCGAAUUAGAUUGGCCGAAUCCAUUUCCAUGUCCAAUUCAAGAGGAGGAUAACUACUCCCCAUCUUCAUCUGAAGAAGAAGAUGAAGAGUCAGAGGAUAACCGCGUGCCACCAGUUACACGUUUUCUUAUUGUGGGCUCAGUUAGUAUUAAUGGCACUCUUUGUCUGGACAAUCAGUAUAGUAAAGCCGAACUUUGUUUGUGGAAACCAACUACAAACGAAUUCAAGGUCAUUCCUUCCAGCCCAAUUCUAUCUAUACCUUAUUACCGUGUUUCGCCCGUUCACGCUCAGGUUGGUUAUGACCAUGUUAAAGAUGACUAUAAGGUGAUUCGGAGCAUGGGUGCUUUUCCAAACCCUAAAUUACCACCCGUUUACUUUUGGGAUUUAUAUAGUCUAAAUAGUAACACUUGGAGUACAAUUGAGGCCGAUGUUCCCCGUUCUAUUGACAAUGUAGACGUGUACACUGAUGGAGUUUGUCAUUGGUGGGGUGAAAGAGAAAAGCAUGCAUAUUUGGUGUCAUUUGACUUCAGCAAUGAAUCUUUCAUUACAACACUCAUACCCUCAUACGUGGAUGAUAGUGAUGCUUUUAAUUAUGCAGUUGGGAGAACUUUGGUGCUACUAAAUGGGUCUAUUGCUUUAAUCUUAACUCAUUCAGAGACAUAUAUGUUUCACAUAUCAAUUUUGGGUGAGCUUGGUAUAAAGGAUUCAUGGACUAAACUCUUCAUUAUUGGACCAUUACCUCCCCUCUGGAAUCCAAUUGGAUCUGCUAAGAAGAACAAAAUACUGUUCCAAAAUAAAUACGGUGGAUUAGCCUUGUUUGAUCUAAGUAACAAGACUAUUGAGGAGAUUUGUGUUAUACCAAAUACUACUUUUUGUAAAACAGUACUCCAUAAAGAAAGCGAUCUUCCAAUUGGAGGAAUAAAUAAUUGAUUUAUUUCU